GGAGCCACGCACGAAGAAGCGACCCGGCUGCCACGGCAGGCUAUCACCGCCCAGCUACCGGGCUAACGUUACCGUGUCUCUGACCCGUUAACUGGGAGUUAAGACCUUUAACCGGAUGCCUCUAUGAUCCAGCUAACCUUACAACGAGAUAUACAGUGUUCAGUUUGCACAAGAGGUGAGCCAUGGCUGAACCGAACAACUCCCGUCCCCAGAGGAAGAUGUCUACUGCUGGGGAGAGUGUAUACAAAGUGCUAGGGUUGGAGAAAGGAGCGUCAGCAGAAGACAUCAAGAAAGCAUACAGAAAACUAGCAUUGAAGUACCACCCGGAUAAAAACCCAGACAACCCGGAGGCAGCGGAGAAGUUUAAGGAGAUCAACAACGCCAACUCUAUUUUAAAUGAUGAGACCAAGAGGAAGAUUUAUGAUGAGUAUGGCUCCAUGGGUCUUUAUGUGUCCGAACAGUUUGGAGAAGAAAGCGUCAAAUACUACUUCCUCAUGUCUAAAUGGUGGUUUAAGGGUCUGGUGCUGUGCUGUACAUUUUUCACCUGCUGCUGCUGUUGCUGCUGCUGUUGUUUCUGCUGUGGGAAGUGCAAGCCACCCGACGACGAUGAAAACUACCAGUACGUCGACCCUGAAGACCUGGAGGCCCAAAUCAAAGCAGAACAGGACGGAGGUAACACAGUAAUCAUAGGCCAGCCCACAUCUAAUCUGGGCCCAGAAAGCCCAGAAGAGCAGGCUAAGCCCAUCCCCCUGCCUAUGCCCAUGCCUCCACCUGAGCCCCAGUCGCCGACCUCGACCAAUCCAGCAGGGGAAGAAAACCCCGGAGAGACCUUACCAGAGUCAAAAUGACUCGAAAGAGAUGAGCCUCACCUACCGAAAGCAGGAAGCCUUUCAAGCCCCUCUUAUGAUUCAGCCACAUCCGACUGCCGCCAGCGACCCAGAGAACAACCAGCCCGAUGUCACCAGCCAGCCCACGCUUAUGUCUCAGUCCCACUGGUCCCACCUCAACCUACCUGAUCUACAAACACCUGUGAGGUGGACACUUAAACACUCUCGGCCCUCUCCACAGGAUUCAAAUUAUGGAGGAGUAUUCAUACAGAUAAACCUACUUGCUGGUAAUGAUCAGACCAGCUCUUAAGUACAAGGCAACUUGCCAUCCUCCAACAAAUCCCCACUCUUCCAGCUUCCCACACGUCCAGCCUGGGCUGGAUGUGACCUUGAUAUUAGUCCACUUCUACUUAUCCAGGGCUGAGCUUGAACUUCUCAUUAAUCUGUUCUGGUCAUCCCAUUCCAACCAGUAAGGAUGUGACACUGGGCAGAAAGAUGGCCAAAAAUAGGGGGAUGUGAGGAGAAAACGUGUAACGGAAAGGCGAUCCUCACUAUUUUUCCAGAUCAGGACUGGAAUUUGUUCUUUUUCUGUGUCCCAAACUUACUGCCUCCCUCCGUCUGUCCCCAACAGGAGUACUUUUUUACAUUUCCCCCCCUUUAACUUGCUUUGAAAUUUCCUUCUUUAAAAAAAGAACAAGCCAUGAGGAUCGGUAGUAAAUUCGAUGCCACUUGUCAUGUGUACAUAUCAUCAGGAGCCAGCAGUAAAACAGAAGUUACACGUUAAGACUUGAAGAUGAGGAUUAAAUACUUUUGGUUUUGUCCCUCUUCUUUAUCCUCCUGUGAACAAUCAGUUAAAUGUUACAUUACCAUCCUCAAGCGCUCAUCCUUACAGACUAGCUCUUGAUGCCAAGUGUGGUGAUACAAAUAUUCAUCUUUCAAAGGAGGCUGGAAGUCGCUUCGCAGAGUAGUUUUUUUUUUUUUUCAGGACCCUAAUACGUUUCAUUGCUUUGAUGUUACGUCUGAGCCAAAACCUGGAGCUGAAGAUUUAGAACUUCGAGGAGUAGAAUCGAGGCUUCCUUCUCCAAUGUGCAUGCAUUAUUAUCCAGCUGCAUGCCCCCUACUGUACAGCACUGGGUCACACAUCCCAAACUACGACACAGAAGAACUGCUGAUCCUUACAGACAUGCAGACUCUGGUUAAACACAUCCUGUGUACAAACACACACACACGUACCAGCCCUUAUGUCAUCGUGUGCUGAAAAAAUACCACCCCAAAUAUAAUCCGUUGACUACAAUGGACAGAUGCCAUAACAUGGAGGGCAAAGUGUAAGUUUUGACAAGAAAAGACUGUUGGUUGAUCCUUUGUUGUCAGUUUUACAUUGUGGUUACGCUCCUGCAGUCAGAUUAUUUGGUAGACCAAAGUAACAACAGAGCUUCAUGUAGCCAGCCAGCCCAUAACGAACCAGGUCCAGGUCAGAAGUCUCUAGAAAUGCCAUUUCUCUGUAAGCCACGGUUUAAUUUGUUGAAGUUAACUGUAUAAUAUGUUUGGGUCUAUGCAUCUUGUGAGACGGGUCUGAUGCCAUUUCACAUUUUCUUUUUCUGUCUCAGUUUGAGUUGUAAAUCUUGUACUAUACCACUUACAUCUAAAACUACAGUAACCAUCAGCUUGAAAGCUCCUUUAUAAUCUGUAAACUCAGGUCCAGAUUCACUAACACUGCACAGGGGCAAUCUUCUGAGUUAAUUGUGCUGCAGUUUCUUGAGUGCAUUUUGAGAUUUCAUUUAAUUUGCAGAAUGUUUUGUAAAUUUACUUGCAGUCCUUGAAAAGAGUUUUGAGCAAGUAAUCAACCACCUGUAUUGCAAGUUCCAGGCACUGACAUUUUAACUGGAGGACUGAUUCAUUAAUUCCUGCAAUUUCACACCAUAAAUAUCCUUUUCAGUGAUCUGUCAUGACUCUGUAGGAUGGAAAACUCUCCUUUGCUGAGUGGCUUGAUGCUGAUAGUGCUGUGCCUUGAAGAAUAAUUAUAGCAGUGACUGAACAGACAAACGUUUGAUGCAUUUUGCCGUCACCUCAACAUGUGCAAGACUGUUCUGUAGCAUCACCCGGGAAUAUUGUGUAGAAAAUAAUCUUAUCAUGUAAUAAUUCAACAUAUACAUGAGCAUGACUGAUGAAAUUAGGCUUUAUAUCUUAACUUGAGGCCUUUAGUUUUCAUAACUCGUCAUCUUUCCUCAUUCUACACUUUAUGGUGAUUAAUGUUUUCCUUUGCAAACCUUUAGUGAAUCUGGAUCAGUGUUGUUGAUUCAACAUCUUGAAUUGCGCAACGAACACAGCCACUUGAGAUCUUUGACUUCACCAGAGUUUUAUUCAUGCAGACUUAAUCAAAUGCACAUUUUCCUUGGUUGUUUUGUUUUCCGGGUUUUAGAUAGCUCAGUUUAAUUUGACAUUUUGCUCUUGGAUUUUGAUCAGGUUUUAAAGCAGCAUUCACCCAUCAAUCAUGGGGGAUUGUUUAAAAGAGUGUCCUCUGGAUGAUCAACUUUAGAUUUUCAUCUAACUUUUAUUUAACGCUUUGUCUGUACGUCUAAAAUCAGAAAUUGGUGACAGAUGUUCAGUGAGAUAUUCUCAGAUUUUGAUUUCUCAGAUGUCUCAUUUUGGAAUCCUGGUGUGACAAGACGAAGAAACGCAGCAGAUUUUUAUUAUGCUGCAAUGACACUAUUUUUGGCAUUUUUACCUGACAAGUGACUGAAAUGUAUUCUCAAUCUGUAAAUUGACUAAUUCUUUCAGUUUUUACACCAAGACACUAGAGUUUCCAUGUUGACUUGCUAUUGUAAACCCUUUUGAUGAGCAGUGUGGGUCAGGAGAUACCCAUUUUCCAUUGGAUUUGGGUAACUCUUGACCCAUGUUGGCCAUCAAAGGGUUAAUAUGUUGCUGUGGGUUAGAGCCAGGUUGGUGUCUGUGUCGUUCUACACAAAAGCAAAACUGGAUUUUCUGUUACGAUCAUGUGAGCUAUUUACACCGAUGUGUUAUUGCUAUAGUUGAUCAAUAACAACAAAGCGAUUUGAAAUUUUCACUAAAAUUCCUAUGGCUAAUAACUAGCCAAUCGGGUGCUUUAACCGAUUUAAUGCACUUGCUGAGACUCUAGAAUUAGUAAUUGUAAUGUGAUUUUGGUGAGGAUUUGAGCCAGCGUUCAUGUCUGGAUCAGUCUGAUUUAGAAGCCAUGACAAAAAAGUGAAAUCCAGGAUAAAAGGUCUAAAGAUGAGUAGUUUAUUUUACAAAAAAAAAAACAAAACAUUAGAUUGGCACAAAACAAAUGGAUAAGGUGCAGCAGUCAGUAUAGAAGUUUGUGUGGAUGGGUGAACAGUAUGGAGUUGGAUAUGAUGGAAGCAAACAAAUAAACGACAGGAGGGGGACUUAUUGUGAAGAAACACAGGGCCCAGGAGCCUCAAACUAUCCUGUUGACAAAUUAACCAGCAGAGCAGCCCAUCACUACCCAACAUUAAUCUAGUAGUUUCGUGCAACCUUUGAACAAACUGAUGAAAUGAUAGGAGAGACACCAAAACGUCUCAUGUGCUCAACAUGCUGUUACAAACUGUUCAGACAGAUUUUUUAAAAAAUAGUUAAACAUUUUCUGGAAAUAUAUUUUGUUAAUUUGUUUCCUCCACUGCUUCUGGUCAAUAAAUGGUCCCCUGUUAAACCACAACAUUGUUACAGAUAUAAGAUGUUGAAUAAUGAACUUAUAGGUGUUGGUCAGUGGAUCUUGUUACUUUUUUGACAGAGCUGGGCUAGCUGUCGCCUCCUGUUUACAGUCUUUCUAAGCUAAGCUUGUUUGAUAGCCUAAUAUUUAGCACAUAAACAUGACCAUGGUACUGACAAAACACAAACUAUAUUUCUCAAGAUGUUGAACUGUUCCCUUAGAUCACACUAUUUGAACAGAGGAAAAAUAUGUAGGAAGGAACAUUUUGCUGCCAUGUAUUAUUACCUUAAUCAUUGUUUACUUCUGUCAUGUGGAAGUUGAUGUGCUGUGGAGAGUUGUGUCCAGGACAGAGUUCUGUUGCGUGUAGGUAAUUUUUAAAACAAAUGUUUUCCCUUUCUGGUGGCAGGAUGAGAUUUGAGGGCAGGACAAAUAAAGGCAAGUGUGUCAGAGCUGGUGAAAAAGAUAGACUCUUCUAAAUUUGUCUCUCUGCUGCUGAAGUUUUUCAGUGUAAGCUAACGCAGAGCUCUGUGUACAGUUUUGUGAAUUACAAACUGCUCAAAAGCCAGCUUAUACAAGUGUCUCCAUUGCUUUACUUCAGCUCUGUCUUUGAUGGAUUACAUAUCAUCUUGUGUUUCUCAGCAGAACUGUUUGCAAACUUGAACGUUAUUUCAUGUCUCUCUUUUUUUAGUCAAUAGCCAAAACCGAAACAAAGCAUUUCAUGAUUAAUUCUAUUUAGUCUUUCUUCAGAUCCACUCACAUUAAAUCAAUUUAGUCUAAACUUGAUGAGGUCCAUGGAGCACUGAAAGACAUAUUUAUUAUUUUUUAAUUGUUGUAAAUAACUCAUAAAACAGCAAAGUAAAAGACAAAGUUCCUUAUUGUUAGUAGACGGGUUUUAUGAACUGAUUAAACAGUGUACAUACAUUUUUAUUAUUUUUUAAUUUAUGUCACAUAGAAAAACCAUUACCUAAAUUUGGAAUGACAGAAAUGUGGGAUGGUAGGCGGCGGUCAACUUUGAUAUUUAAUCAAGAGCGCAGACUCUAAAGUCAUCUGUGUUUACUUUGAAUCACUGGCUCAGGUGUUCCAUGCUAACAUGUUUGCAUGCAUUGUGUUUAGUGCUAAUGCUACAGUAUGCCAAAAACAGUUAGCAAGGAGCUAAUGUUCUUCCAGAGACAGAUGGAUGACUUUUUGUGUCUGCAUUUUUAUUGUUUAAUGGAGAAGUUGACCAUAUGGACAAUCUACCACAAUUGCUGUGUUUCUCUUUAUGAUGACAAGAAAAUCUGAAAUUCAACAUAACAGUAGGAUGAUAUGAUGAAAACAUCUUAUCAGUGUAGCUAAAGUUUUAUUUUAUUGUCCUUUGGGGGGGCAUGUCACUAACUGUUGUGGUUCCUUGUGGCGAUGUGUAAAUGAGUUAUUAUGGAAUUCAACCAAAUAAAAAUGGGGGAUUUUAUAA